AUGUUUCUGGAAAUCGUCAGCAGCAGAGACAGUUCAACUCUAGAUGGAAUAAUGCUACGAAAUGUUUUACCAGGGACCACCAUAUGGACAGACUCUUGGCGAGGGUACGGAAACUUAGGAAAUAUUGGUUUCAUACAUAGCACUGUAAAUCACGCGCUCAACUUUGUGAUCUUGUAUGGCGUUCACACUCAAAGCAUUGAAUCGGUGUGGUCUCAUAUCAAAAGAGCGGUAAAGAAGAAGAAUGGGCUAAGCGGGAAACUAUGGGAUAAGCAUUUUAUUGAGGCGGUAUGGAAAUGGCAACGGGCAAAAGAGUCGGGUUCUUUUUGUUGUGGCAAGCGAUUGCCAAUAAGUAUCCAUGAAAAACUGAUUGCUAUUGUACCUUUCUGUUGUUCUUUGCCUUCCAAUGAAGUAAUUAGCAUGUAG